CAACUCUCUUCUUUUUUUUUCUCUUUUCUGUUUUUUCCUCUUUCUCUCUCUCUCUUCUUGACAGUAAAAAUCACAUCUUAUCGAGACUUUUCACCCUCAAUGCAUAUCGAGAAGACCGUCGACGACAAUUCCACUUCCUUCUUCAAGUACCAGAUGCGUGCGAUUCCAAGCCAUCAAGGACCCAGUUUGACCACCGAACACCGCGCCGACGCUCAGCGACGCAGAGGCGAGCCUUGAAAACGAAGGCCGACAGAGGCUUUGAGGGAUCGUAUCUGUC